CCGCGACUCCGACGAGAGAGGGCGAACGGACUGCAUUAAUGGAUGAUCCAUUAAUACGGUCCUGCUGUAAGGACUGUUGGGAGAGGAUGGAGAGCAAACCGAGAGAAGAGACCUUGUAAUCUCUCAUUGCCGACACGCUGGUCAUCUCCUCACCCUCGUCGCAUUCCUACCCUGUACACCAACCCAGACCGACAGCAAUGGCCUCCAUCGAUGUUAUGCGUGAUCCAACGAAGACGGGCAAGGCGAUUCGUGCCCAGAUCCGCGACACGAUCCCGAAAGACCUCGCUCUCGAGACCGAUUUCAAAGAGGGCACCAAAUACACCAUCACGGAGCAUGUAAUCAAGCUGAUGGACGAGCUAUGCAAGGAUCCACGCACGCUCAAGGUGUUCACCUCUCUCGUCAAACAUCUGCACGCCUUCGCUCGCGAGACGGGACUCACGCACGACGAAUGGAGACUGGCGAUCGAGAUGCUGACACGGGCGGGCAAGGAGUCGACGGACUUCAAGAACGAGUUCAUCCUCCUCUCUGACACCCUUGGUCUCUCUGUCUUGCUCGACGAGCUUUCCCACCCCCGCCCAGAUGGCGCGACCGAGUCGUGCGAGGAGGGCCCAUUCUUUACCGUUGAUGCACCAGAGCUUCCAUCUGGCACGUCUCUCAUCAAGGACGGCACACUCGGCGAAGCGAUGUUCUUCGAGUGCACUUUGAAGAACCUUAAGGGUGAACCGGUCAAGGGCGCCAAGCUGGAAGUCUGGCAGGCUGACGGCGACGGUCUGUACGACGUGCAAUACCCGGACCGCGUAGAGGCCAACAACCGUGCCCGUAUCAUCGCUACCGAUGAUGGUAUCGCAAACUUCCACGGCGUGAUGCCGACCGCCUAUCCUAUCCCCUCUGAUGGCCCUGUAGGCGAUAUGCUCGCAGCGACCGGGCGUCAUCCCCACCGCGCCUCUCACCUGCACUUCCACAUCACGGCCCCUGGCUACGACACACUCACCACCGCGCUGUACCCCGAUUUCUCUCCCUUCCUCGGCACUGACCCCGUCCUGAGCGCCGACAAGGCCGAAUGGGCCAAUAUGGGCUUUAAGGAGGGCGACGUGACGACUGGCCGCGUGCACAUCUGGAAAUACGCCUUCGUACUCGCCUCUAAUGAGGAGGUCGCUGCGCUUAAGGCCAAGAAGUAG